CGUUGUACACAUCGCGAACUACGUAGCUAAGAUCUCUGUCCCUCUCUGUGACCGUUCAGUCGUAGGAUUACAUUCGUCUCGUCUGUUGUGCUCUAUAUACUCGAGACUCCUAUAGCACGUCCAUGUCGCAGAUCUAGACAGCCAGCAGAGUAAUAUGCUCGGGUUGGAGCCACAGGAGUGGUGACCGUAAGGUUGCGGGUGAUUUAAGGCGCAGCCGCUCAUCCACCUGUGAGAGCGGGGCCCUCGAUGCUUACGCUACGACUGGUCUCGACCCACUUUCUCAAGCAGCCAUAGGCGGUCUGCCUAUAACUUCCGAUGCCAUGUGUCGCGAUCGGGACAUGAACCCGUGAAUCAAAGAACUCUCUCUCUCUCUCUCGCUCUCUCUCUCUCCCUAUAUAUAUUCUAUCUAAAAUCGAACUGCUCGACGAUUUUACCUAUACAUAUAUAUAUACAUACAUAAAAUUCAAUACCGAUCGAGACGAAUACCGAUCAACGAAUCGACACCCCCCUCCCCUUCUACUGAUUUUAUCGUUUUAUCGCUUCUCCGGGGAUCGGAGACAGUAGAGAUCGUACGCGGUAGAUGAGACUCGAUCGAGAUCGGUAAGGAGUGAGUCACUGCUACGAGACACUCGGAGAGAGAUCGAGAGACUCCGAGUUAUCGCGUUUAGCCGACACGGCGACGACAUUACCCGCCGUUGAAACAGCCACGAGUCAACCUGUGGAGGGUCGCGAAAGAGUGUAUUUGCGGCAGUGGGUCGCGGUGCAGGCGGAGUGGGAUGAGAGGCCCUCGACAAGAAUCUUUCGAGCAACACCUUCAAGAUCGCGAAUCGCAGCAGCAACCGGAGCAUCAGAAGAAGCCGAGCGUCGAUAAUCGGCCGGACAGCACCGUGAGCCACCAGCAGAAGGACGAGUCGCGUCUGGCUAAGGUGAAGCGGGCGAUCAGCUGCUCUCUCCUCGGUCGCGGCUCGUCCAGCAGCAGCAGCAACAAUGAGCUAUCCGUUAACAUCGUCAGUUCGCGCUUCGGUCGAGAGCUGGAGCUCGUCGAGACGCACAACGAGACCGGCGUGCCUUACGUCGUCUACCGGCUCUGCAGCUAUCUCGAGGCCUAUGGUUUCCACAACCCGGCACUCUUCCGGCUGGCCAGCAGCAGUUCCAAGCUGGCCGAACGGCUGAGGCUCGCUUUCGACCGAUCGGGCGAUGCCGAUCUCGAGGCGGCCAACUGUCCAGCCACCGCGGUUCUCUUGCUCAAGCGGUACCUCAAGGAACUGCCCAGUCCCAUCGUAUGGCCCGUCUGCGUCUCCAAGCUCGUGCAGUUGCAUUUUCAGACGAGAAGCAAGAGCCGCGAGCGCUGGAUCGACAAGACGCGGGACCUGCUGGAUAACGAGCUGACGAGUCGUAACCAUCGACUCCUGGGCUACUUGAUCUUGUUCCUCGGAAGAUUCGAGGCUCAGCACGGCUGUACCUCCGGCGUUUGCGGCAUCUUCGCCCCCAUCCUUCUGCCCCAGAUACCAUCUGCCACUGUUCUCCUACGAGACCUGCUUCACGAUGCCAAACUCAUCUUUCCCGACUGUUCCAGUGUCAAAGAGCCGGCGGUAAACAGCGUCGACUGCAAGGUCUGCAUCGAGCCGAAGGACGAUUUUGGACAUCCUUCCGACAUCGGUAACACACUCAUCGUUCAGCCCACCAAACGGAAGGACAGGAGAGAUUCAUCCGGUCAGGAAAGAAAGCUCAUAAGGUACAAGAUUUCUUAUCGACCCGUUAUCGGCAAGUGCUUAGACAGAAUUGUGAAUUUGCGAAAUUUUAAGCCCUCCCCAAGACGCAACGUUAUUAGAAGGAGCAACAGCGAGGAGAAGAUCUGGGAGAAGAGCAAGAGAGUAGCCGGUGACAACUCGAACAGCAACACUGCGGACAGCAUCAGGCGGGUGAGCAGCCACGAGGAUUUCAACAGCGCCAAGCAUCUCCACAUUCUUUUGAAGUUGCAGAAAGACAUGGGUCACGGAACGAGACACGGCAGUUUGCCACUGCAGGAGAUGACCAACGUGUCUCCUGUAUCAUCGAAAGCGUCGCUCGUCAACACGCCGGGCGAUGUGGUACUGGCCACUGAGAAGUACGAUUGUGAUGCUGAGAGACUAAGGAACAGCGAGAGAUUCAGCAGGAGCAUCACUCCAAGGGGUCGCAGGCAAGUCAGGAGGAGGAAACUGCACAGGAACUCGCUCGAUCAGAAUGCCAGCAAGGAGAACGAGCUGGAAGACUCCGAAGUCAUCUUCACGAUAAGCUCCGAUUCCAACAAGGGACAGGGUCAGAGCUUCCUCGAAAUGCUGAGCAGUGGUCCUAGCAGAUCACCGUCUCCGGUCAGACCACCGCCGUCGGAGCAGGAAGAGGUGAACAACCCGACACUGGCUAAUUGGAGUUUCCAAAUGCGUCAGAGCAACGAUGAAGAAAUGAGCGAGCGCGUCGAGGCCAUGGUGUCUCCUCGGAACUCGAUACUGAUCCCGCGGAGAUUCUACCUGGACGACAAGUCGGAGGAGCAGGAGAAUGUUCCCAGCAUCAAGGAGCACGGCUUGAAGAACUUGAUGAAGCAGAUCAACAGUCUGAAGAAGAAGAUCAAGCGCUACGAGGGCGAGUUCGAGGACAACUUCGGCUACCGGCCUAGUCACUCCGACAAAAUGAGCAACCGCGACAUCAAGAGAAUAGUCUCCGAGCUGAACAAGGUGCGAAAGGAACACAAGAUCUUGAAGGAAGGUUUCGUCGGUACACUCCUGGGUGGAACGAAGCUGCUGCGCGACGAGACCGUCGGCGCGAACAACAAUAACAACGGCGAGGACAUGCUGAGAGCGAACUCGAUGACGGAGAUGGUGCUGGAGGUGGAGCGUAAACUGGCGGAGAAACGCUUCAAGUACAACCGGCCAGAGGACAUGGAUGAUCUGACUUACGAACAACUUUUGGAUGAGAAGACCGCUGUACAGAAGGCCCUGCUGCACAUUGAGAAUGCCUUUGGAAGGCUAGUCUCGAAGGAGGACAGGUCGAUCGUUCGGCCCUUGUACGAUAAAUAUCGGAUGCUCAAGCGACAACUGAUAAGAGCAGGCGCGAAUCGAUACACGGACAGCAUGUCGGAGCUCGCCACCAUUCUGGAGCACGAAGCCAUGGACUUUACAUCGUCGGUGGGAAAUCCAAUCGAUUGCGAUCGCCGGGCCAGUGAACCCGACAUGUCUCACCGGGGAAUUCUGGACUGCAUCGACUCUACGUCGGAGGAGAUACCGACCGACAGUGACAGUCAGCACAGCAGCAGCGAUGGCAGCCGCGGAGUAGUCGAGAGCCUGCAUUCCCUUCCAAAAGAGGAGCUGUUGCAACAACAACUGAUCGCCAAGGAAGAGAAGAAGAGACUUCGAAGAUCCCUCAAAGAACUGGAGAUGCAAUUUGAAGCUCGAGCCGGCAGACGGAUGCAACGCGCAGAUCGCGGACCUCGCGUCAACAUGAUUUACGACUCUUACAAGCAAACAAAAGCCAAGCUUAGAUUGAUCAGCGCCUUGCUAGCAAAGAGCGCUUAAGAGAGUAUAUCGACGGAGAGAGAACAUGUACCUUGAAACUUUGAUCCGCGGUAUGAUUAUCAAACUAUCAAUAACUUUUUCAUUUUCUAGACUGUUAAUAUAAGAACGUUCUUAAUGUCAUUUUUAUAAUUUUUUCAUUUUCUAUUUCGUUCUGAGCUUGUUGAUAACUAAGUACCUGUAGCUGUUUGAAUUACAAUGGGUUGCUAUUUUCAUAGAAUGUUGCGUAUUUAAGCUUUAUAUCUAUAUAUAUAUAUAUAUGCAUGUAUGACAUAUUGCGCACAGUCAUUUCAACAUUUUUAGAGGACCUAAUUAAUUAGGGGAUACUUAUAUAAACUACUAUACCUGUAACACCCAUGUUGUUCAAGAAAAAUGAGAGUAGUCUGAAAGUUAUACUUUUACAACUAACGUAUUGACAGAGUUAUACAAUGUUAUAUCUAAUGAAUCAAAAUGUCGUGAUGCCACAUUUGCUAAACCGAAGAAUGAAUUUUAAACAUUUUUGAAAAAGUAUUGCUGUACGCGGUGAUUUUGUAAGGAGAUAUUUUGGACGAUUUUGUUCCCUCAGCUUGUGUCGAAUCUCGAAAGCACUUUUAUCAUUUUCGCGAGAAAACUUUUUCUAAAGAUGUUUCGAAUUAUUUUGUUGUAACCCAGAAAUUGUGUUAAUCGUCGAAUUACUUUCUUAAAGCUUGCUGCAAUUGUAAAUACACUCGCGCAUCUCGCAUAUAUUACGAAGCCAAAAAAUAUUGCGUGUUACAGCUAUCUGAGAGCACUAUUGACUGUUACAAGAUUUUAAAAAUUUGACAAGAAGCAACACUAGCUGAGUGUUCGUGAAUUUUUUGUUCCACGAGAAAUGAUUUUAUACAUAAACACCGACAAUUACUAUGUACAUAGUAUUGUUGAAGAGCAGUUGCAGAAAUUUAUGACUUGUGAGUUGAUAUAUACUCAAUAUUGCGAAUGCGCCGAGAGAGUUAAGGUUUGAUACCUACCAAUGAUAUCUUUGAGAGUGAUUUUUUUUUUCAAUUUUUUCUAUCGACACAUCUGUAUUUUUUUAAACGAAACGAACUUUUAACUGCGAUUCAAAAACCGGAAAAUUUUUUAAUGUGUGCACACCAAAUGUGUUUAGCAAUAACGAUUCAUCUGAAAGCGCUUCACUACGAUUUACUUCAUGAAUGACAAAACAAAAUUGCGGUAUAAAAUGAUUUUUGUAGACCAAAGCAUUUUUAGUCUGUGAUAUAAGAGAAUUACUAAAUUAAAAAAAAAGAGAGAGAAAGAAUGUUUGUCUGUGAAUGUCUGGAUCUAAUAGAAAGAAGAUUGCCAGAAAGUUAGCUUUAAAUGUAGGAAUUGCAUUCUUGCAAAGAUUGAACCCUGUAUUUUUGUUAUGAAAACGUUUUAAUUAUUUUAAUAGCACUGUUGUAAUUCUUUCUUAUGAGAAAGGCAAAGUGAGUGUUUAAGUAAUGAGUUUCUUUUAGAAAUGUCUGUAGUUGUAAGUUCAUGUAUUCGUUGUUAAACUUGCUUUACAUCAUUUUAUAGCUGUUUUGCCAAAAGUAAAAGGAGCUUAGCAAUCGUCUAAAGCGAAUAACGAGAGACAAACGUGUUUUUUCUUUCUUUUUUACGAAAACCUCUACAAAACUGAUAGCAACAACAAAAAGACGAACUGCGAGAAUUCUGACGAUCACGAAGAAGAAAAAAUUAAGAAAUGAAGCAACUGAACCAUGGUAUUAUUACAACGACAUAUCUAGGCGUUACAUAUACAUUUUCAAUAAACGUUUUAAGCGAUCUGUGUCUUGAGGCACGAGUAAAGUGCCACAAUCGGAAUUUUCGUCAGUGUCAAACAGAAACAAAAUUCGAAAUGCUUACGACGUUAGGCAACUAUAACAUCAACCGGCGACAAUAGUUACAGCGCUGGUCUUUGUUCAAGUAUAAAUAUACAUAUAUAUGUUGCAGGCAAACGGCAGUGUGUAUUUAAAAAAAAAAAUCUAAAUGCGUUUGAAUAACUCUAUAUCUUGUAAUGUAAAAAAAGAGAAAACAGCAUAUAUAAAACCUUGACGUUUUAUGCGCUUUUUUGGCCGUGUCUGUACAUCGAUAUUACAAUACAUGUGUACGUGUAAGAGCGUGUAUUAGCAACAGCCAUAAAAAGAAGACAAAGCAUUAUAUAGCGAGGAGAGAAUUAGCUGCGUAUUUGCAUUAUACCAAGUAGCACGUCGGAACAAAUAUAAAUAUAUGAAUAUAAAUAAAGUUAUUAUUGAUGAACAGA